GCGACGGGGCUCCCACGUGAGCGUGGCCUGCACCCUGGCUUGGCGGCGGAGAUCCUCCACCACCAGGGCAAGGUGGCUACCUGGUCUUCCAGCACGACGCCCCUGCUGAGCUCUUUGGUGACCUUGGCAAUCACUGUGGACAUCUUUCUCUACGUGGUCUUCCUGGGCGAGAACAUCAAGAUGAACGAAGCCCCAACGGGCAGUGGUGCAAUCCCUCUGCAGGAGUACAGGCGUGAUAUCCCUCCUGGCUGGCGACCUGGCGAUGCAACCUACACCUUGAGGGCCUACUUCGAUCGCCUUCGCCUCUGGUGCAGGAUCUGCAACCUGCCAGAUGAAGCGAUCGGGCCGACGAUAGCAGGCCGACUGUACGGCCGGGCGCAUCGGGUUGCAAUGAGCUUGAGGGUCCCCAGACCUGAUGGAACAUGGGACACAGGUGAUGCAGCACUGGUGAGACUGGAGGUGGACGAGGUGAGAUGGCCUUUGGACAACAAGAUCAAGAUCUUGCCACUGGAAGCCUGGCUGACUCGUGGCCGGUUGACCCUCCAGGAGUACAGCGUGGAGUUCGAUGCCAGGUUUGACGAAGCUGCUGACCGAGCUGGACUUCAGAUGAACGAGGUGGCCAAGUUCUUCCCCUUCUUCAAGAACAGUGGCCUCUCUGGGAAGCAGAUUGAUGACAUCAAGCUGCAAGUUGGCGGCGACUACACGCGCUUUGCCGAUGCGAGAUCCUUGGCAUUGCGGCUGGGCUGUAACAAGGCCGAAGAUGCCGACCAGUCCUACUGGGCCAAUGAUGAUGAGCACUAUGAGGACGACGAGAACUACGAGCACUGGUCCGAGGAGCGCAACAUCUACUAUGACGAAGAUGAUGAAGGCUGGUGGAGCAGCUAUGACACCUACUAUGAAGAUGGCGAGUGGGUCCAAGACGUCGAAUGUGACGCCAACGACUACUUCCAGAACUACAUGGAUGGCGACUACUGGCGCUGGGCUGAAUACUAUGGUGAGCCAACGCCAGACCCACAAGCAUCUUCUGCAGCUGAUGAGAGCCCCUCCAAUGGCGAGCAGGCCAAUGAGGAGUUCUAUGGCGGCAAGGGCAAAGGCAAGAGCAAGAAUGAUGGAUGCUUUGUCUGCGGCUCAAAGUGGCAUCGAGCUGCUGAUUGCCCUAUGAAAGGUUCCAACAAAGGAGCUUCGAAGGGACAUGGCGACAAGGGCAAGGGCAACUUUGGAUGGAGAUGGAGACCCUUCAGAAGCAAAGGCAAAGGCAAAGGCAAGGGCAAGUACAUUCAAGAACUUAGCGUGGUGAUCCGCUCCAACCGGGCCCGCGCUGCUCUUCGCCGGCGUGCUGAGCUGAGCACUUUCUGUCUGAACAUCGGCGACGGCAAUCCUGACGCUUUUACAACCUUGACAUCGACGACAAGACCUCAGGAGUACAACAUCUCCACACCACCUGAUGAAGAAGUUCGCAUGACAAGAUCGACAUCAUCGACUGAUCCUGCUGAAGGACCACAACCACCUGCAGUCAAGCAGGCCGACAAGAAGCAUCUUGGUGCCUUCAACUUUGCCUUCAACUUCUACGAGGCGGCAGACUACUUUGCAGUACGAGGUGAAAAACGACGAGGUCUGAUCAUAGACCCCGGAGCUGCCAGUGGAUUGAUUGGCUGCGACACGUUGAAGGACAUCAUUGAGCACUGCAUCCAGCCCUACGGCAAGCACCAUGACAUUGUCAUCGACAAGAACGUGACUUCGCCAGUCAGUGGCAUCAGUGGAGGUUCUGACAGAACCCUUGGGCAAGUCACUCUGCCCUUGACAACAGGAGGAUGCCCAAUCUCCUUCACCGGUGAAGUGAUCGGUGGUGAAGGGAGCAUGUGCCCAGCACUUGUGGGCAACCCAUCGCUGAGAAAGAUGAACAGCACCAUCUUCACGAACUACUUUGCCAAUGGCGAUGGCCUCCUGGUUCUGGACUCCCGCUCUGAGGAUGACACCAAGCUCAAGAUGCUGCGCAUCCUGCUGACUGAUUCAGGACACUACAUCCUGCCCACGGACCAUAACAGCACUGCCAGAGUUUCCAACGAGACACAGCAGGAAGUUGCAGUCUUCUGGAACAAGGUGGCCGACCAGAGCCGUCAGAAGUGGAAUGAUGUCAAGCCAAGGAUACUCCACAUCUUCUCGACGUCUGUGCUUCCUACGGCGGCAUCGGACGCGGAAGGUGACCGGGGUGAAUCACAACAUCCACCAGAAGUUCAACAUUCUGCCCAAGUUCAUGAUGCUGCAGAAUGUCAACAUGAUCAACUACCACAUGGAGACCAAGGUGGAGACAAAGUCGAGAAGAAUGACGUCAGCACCAAGACCGUGAAGUUCACUGACGAGCCAAAGGGUGAUGGAAAAGAACACGGAGAAGCACAUGGAACUGCAAGCAUUUUGCCUGCACGAGAAGCUCCCGAAUUGGGCUCUGCGCCCCACGACAUCAUGCACGACGACAUUUCAAAGAACAGCAACAAGCUCUGCGGUUUCACAGAUGAUAGCACAGAAGUCUCUGACAAGAGCGAUUGCCAGUUUCACAACGAGGAGGAUUUUCCCCCUUACCAAGGUGAUCUGCUACCAGAUGGGCCGAACCAUGCACGCCUGAAGAAGAAGUACCAGGCCAUGCCAGAGGAGUUCUACACGCGCAGCGGCCUGGCCAUGAGGGCCACAAAUGCGGCAUGGACGGCGGAAUGUGACCGGAGUGAAAUUGUGACACUCCCACAUGAGCCCAAAGCACAUGACAUGUACAGGUACCCAAUCACAGGUGACUCACCGCAGGGCGCCUUUGAGCUGUUCAAAACUGAGUCAUAUAUACAUAUAUACAUAUAUACAUAUAUACAUAUAUACAUAUAUACAUAUAUACAUAUAUACAUAUAUACAUACAUACAUAUAUACAUAUAUACAUACAUACAUACAUACUUACAGAUUUACAUAUAUACAUAUAUACCCAUAUACAUAUAUACAUGUAUACAUAUAUACAUAGAUAGAUAG